CAUUCCUAAGCGAAUAAAAUGGAUCGAAUUAAUGUAAGUCGUUUGUCAUUUCGACGCAAAGUGAGUCAUAAAAAGGAUAAACAUCGACACGAACUUUCCGAUAACAGCAGUGAGGAUAUACCUAGGAUCAAGUAUAUUAGUCAGACGGAAGCUCAGAAUAUUGACCAAGAGCUGUUUACGGAAUAUGCCUUUAGUGUUGACCAGCUUAUGGAACUUGCCGGUUAUAGCUGUGCCGUGGCAAUAGCUAAGUGCUAUCCCAUAGAAGAGAUGACGAAAGACAACCAUGCGGUGUUGGUUUGUUGUGGUCCGGGAAAUAAUGGAGGGGAUGGUUUGGUGUGUGCGAGACAUCUUAAAAUGUUUGGCUACAAACCCACCAUCUUCUACCCAAAGCGGCCAUCAAAACCCCUGUUCGACGCAUUGUACCAGCAAUGUGAAGGGAUGGACAUGCCUGUUUUAUCUUUCUUCCCAUCAGAAGCUCACCUUAUAACCGACUCGUACAACUUCGUAGUCGAUGCCUUGUUUGGAUUUAGUUUCAAAGCCCCCGUAAGACCGGAAUUUGAACCAGUCAUGGAGACGCUGAAAAAGAUUGAGGCGCCCAUUUGCAGCAUUGAUGUUCCCUCAGGAUGGGACGUUGAAAAAGGCGAUCCUAAUGGUCUUCAACCCGAACUGCUUAUCUCACUAACUGCUCCUAAACAAUGUGCUCGCCUGUUCAAAGGAAAGCACCACUACCUUGGCGGAAGAUUUGUCCCUCGUACGUUGGAACAAAAAUACGAGCUGAAUCUGCCGCCUUACCCUGGCACUGACUGUGUGGUGGAAUUAAAGCAGGAUACACAAGAGGAUGGGACCGCAUAGCGGCUUGUGUCAAACAGGGAACUGUCGUCGAUCUUGAGUGUUCGCGUUGAUAGCUUGCUGAUUUUGUACUUCCGUUUUAUGUUGAAUAGUGUUUUAUUUGUUAUAUGCGAAUAAGGAUGAACUGAUCCAUACAUACAUUUCAAAAGUUCAAUAAAAUGUUAACUAAAAAUGAACAGUUCACGGCAUGAUAAUACGUGAUAGUUAACUUCCUUGCUAUUUAUAACAUUAUUUAGUUAUUUCCUCAUCUGUUU